AUGACCGAGGAAGAUGUGGAUAUCUUCGAUAACCGAGUGAGCAAACCGUUGAGACCUCUCUCUCCUCCCCAUAAUCAGAGAUGGCUCGUGCAAGGGCAUCGGGCCAUACCGGAGAGGUAUCUCGUGGAGACCAGCGGACAUCAUGUACGACUCGAAGGAAUUGCUCCCAACGGU